AUGAAACGAUACUCAAGAAUUUUGCCUUGCGCCUUGUUGUUUGCCAUCUUCUUCAUCUGGGGCUACUUCUUGCUGCCCCACGAUCUCAGCUCCGCCCGACAAUCUCUAGCCCAGCAGCCUCUCUGGCGGCCGCGAUUUUCAUCUCCCAAGACGUCGACGCAACAAGGCUCAGAUACCCUUAUCCCGCAAAAGAUUUGGCAGAUUUUCUUCAGACAGCCAACUCCUAGGGACUUAUCCGACACUGCCUCAUGGCUGGCGCUCAACCGCGGCUAUGAAUACCGCUUGCUCGGGGCGGCCGAGGGCGAGGCCCUCAUUAGUCGCUAUUUUGGAACGGAUGGGGACGAGGUCCAGGUCUAUAACCAGCUUCAGAGCUCCGGCAUGAAAUCUGACCUGCUUCGCUAUCUUGUCCUGGCAGCUGAAGGAGGCGUCUACACCGACAUCGACACCGAGGCAUUGCAUCCAAUUGACUCCUGGAUACCACCACAGUUCAGAAGCAAAACCCGCGUCAUUGUCGGUAUAGAGUUCGAUCGCCUCGACGGGCCCAACUGGGAAACCACAGGCCCUAUCGCGUGGACGGAUGUAGUAUUCGAGCAAUUCCGUUCGUUUGAGCCCGACUUUGUCUCUCUGCGAAAUCUCAGCGACCUUCAAGAGCCAAGGCUUAUUGGAGACAUCCUGGUCCUCCCGAUAGACGGCUUCGGCACGGGGCAGUUGCAUUCCAACAGCACGCAUGGCGACACAGUCUCAAAGUCGGCACUCCUCAGACAUCGGUUUGGUGGUUCAUGGAGAAAGCCGAGUCAAGACGACACCGGGAGAGAGCCAAUUCAAGAUGACACAAACUAA